AGCGAGCGGGCUGCAGCAGAAGCAGGAGCAGCAGCGCUAAGCGGGAGGCGGCGGCGGGGCACGAGCGAGCCCGAAGGGAGGGGGAGAGAGGAAGGGAGAAGCGGCCUGGCAGGCGAAGCAGCAGCAGCAGCAGGAGGAGGAAGAGCAGGGGAAAGGAGCGAGGCAGAGGGGGAAAGAAGGAGGCGGGUGGGCGUCCGCCUGAGGGGCUACGUGAGGGCAGCCGGCGAGUGGGAGGGGCCUCCUCGCUGCCGAUCCUUCCGCUGCUCGUGUUGAGGAGGACCGACUCCCUCUUCUCCUUCCUCCUCCUCCUCUUCCUCCCGCGUGUGGCCCACGGCGGGGAUGGCGGUGCUGGACCUGGCCCUGGAGGGACUCGCCAUCUUCGGGCUCAUCCUCUUCCUGGUGCUGUGGCUCAUGCACUUCAUGUCCAUCAUCUACACGCACUUACACCUAAACAAGAAAGCGACAGACAAACAGCCAUAUAGCAAGCUUCCUGGUGUUUCACUUCUGAAGCCUUUAAAGGGUGUUGAUCCAAACCUUAUCAACAACUUGGAAACCUUCUUUGAACUGGAUUAUCCCAAAUUUGAAGUGCUUCUUUGCGUACAAGAUCAUGAUGAUCCUGCCAUUGAUGUGUGUAAAAAGCUCCUUGGCAAAUAUCCCAAUGUUGAUGCGAGGCUAUUUAUAGGUGGGAAGAAGGUUGGAAUAAACCCAAAGAUUAACAAUUUAAUGCCAGCGUAUGAAGUUGCCAAGUAUGAUCUCAUAUGGAUCUGUGAUAGUGGUAUAAGAGUAACGCCAGAUACACUAACUGAUAUGGCCAAUCAAAUGACUGAAAAAGUUGGACUGGUCCAUGGCCUGCCCUAUGUUGCAGAUAGACAGGGCUUUGCUGCCACUCUAGAACAGGUAUAUUUUGGCACUUCCCAUCCAAGGACAUAUAUUUCUGCCCAUGUAACUGGUUUCAAAUGUGUAACCGGAAUGUCUUGCAUGAUGAGAAAAGAUGUAUUGGACCAGGCUGGAGGACUUAUAGCUUUUGCACAGUACAUUGCUGAGGAUUACUUUAUGGCCAAAGCGAUAGCUGACAGGGGCUGGAAAUUUGGAAUGGCCACACAAGUUGCAAUGCAGAACUCUGGUUCCUAUUCAAUUUCCCAGUUUCAAUCCAGAAUGAUCAGAUGGGCCAAGCUACGGAUCAACAUGGUUCCAGCCACAAUAAUCUGUGAGCCAAUAUCGGAGUGCUUUGUUGCAAGCUUGAUAAUUGGAUGGGCAGUUCACCAUGUGUUCAAAUGGGAUAUAAUGGUGUUUUUUAUGUGUCACUGUUUGGCAUGGUUUAUAUUUGACUACAUUCAACUCAGGGGUGUCCAGGGCGGUGCUCUGUGUUUUUCAAAACUUGACUAUGCGGUGGCAUGGUUCAUCAGAGAGUCUAUGACAAUAUACAUUUUCCUAUCUGCCUUGUGGGAUCCUACUAUUAGCUGGAGGACAGGACGCUACAGAUUACGCUGUGGGGGCACAGCAGAGGAAAUUCUGGAUGUAUAGCCACAGCUUUGUGACUGUGUGUUUCGAGAAAAUAAAAAGGAGAAAAAAAGAAAGUAUUAUAAAUUAUGUUUAUAUAAGAUGCUUUUAAAAAAUCUACCUUCAAUAGUUUUAUUACCUGUAUGUUUUCAUAUCUGUUCUUUAAUUUAUUUUGCAUGGCACUUGCAUCUGUGAAAAAGUACAUCUGUAGUCUUGGCCAAAUGGUAUCUUGUUUUUAUGUACAAAAUCAAAUCAAGAGAAUUGGUUUCAGGACUCAUUUUGCUUGGGAAUGUUCUGCAGCAAGUUCUAAAGACAGUAUCCUUCAGUAUAGUAAAAGCUACUCUCUGUUAAUCAAAGGACAUAAUCCACUGGGAAUAAGUUCUACACUAGUCCCCUGGAAAUGCAAGGGAGCUGUGCAAGAGCGCAGCUAUGACUCUGUCCCCAAGGGCCUUCUGUCCACUGGAUUUUAUCCGCUGAAAGGCUAACAGCAUUUUUAUGUAAGUGCAGUUAGCUUUGGGAAGCACAAGUGGCGGGGCACAAGGAGAGAUGCCUUUUAGAUGAUCUAUGCCUACCUCUUGUAGUUGCUGCGGAGCAAGUAUAAAUAGGUAACUAGGCCUUACAAGUUGAAGCUGGAAAUUUGUAUCUAUGUGUGUGUAUGUAUAUAGAUAUAUAUUAAACAACUUUGGUCUCGCUGCAAUGAGCCAAAAGUGGACAGAGUUUGAUGUUGUGGGUGGGAUGAAUUAAUGGUUAGCUAUGCCUAGAGGGCAUCUUUUUGGCCAACUCUAAUUGGUUCUGUCUUGAACCAUUUUUAAUCACUGUGCUGUAAUUAGCCAAGCUAAUCUCCUUCAUUCCCAUUUUGACUUUUUUUUAAAAGGGUGGUUUUUCUUUUUGUUUUUGUGUGAGUGAAUGUUUGAUAGUUAUGGGGAGAGGGGGAAUGCAUUUCAGAAACAUUUCACAUACGAGCUAUUUUCUUACAAACUAUGUCUUCUUAAGAAUGUAAUUUCAUGAUGCAGGUAUUUAGUAUCUUUUUAAGUGGGCAUAGGUCUCUCUCUUACACUAGUCAUCCUUAAAUCUCUGAUUGCAAUAGAUACUUGUCAGUAUAUUAAAAUGCAAGAUGAGUUUGCUGUUACUGAUAUGGAAUGGUAAGCUUUAACUAUCAAACUAGGUCCGCUCUAGGCUUUUUUUCUUCCUUUAGUUAAUCUGGUCUCUCAAUUGUUUUUUUUUUUAUAUUCAAGUUGUAACAACUGAAAAGACUAGGUUAUAAGCAAGUUGUAAAUGCAUGCUGUCUCUUAUCCUGUUUCCUCCUGUUGGUUUGUUUUUCACUGUGGGGUAGCCUUUAAUGUGGUGAACUGGACUUGUUUAAAACAGACUCUGGUUGCAAAGCAAAAUGGAGAGGGGCACAACAUAAGCCUUUGUUUUCUUUUUAUAACCGUAUUUAUGUUGCUUUUUCCUUCAAAUGGACAUGGCAUGCUGUCACCAUAAAAGUACGCGUAUUCCAGUAUGGCAGCUUUAAAUCCUAAGUUUUGGUACUUCUGUGACAAAGAGCUUACUCUGUAGCAUAUUAGCAAUAACUCUGAGCAUUUAUAGAAGUACAUUUUUUUCCAGUUUACUGAGCCAGUCCAUUUAAUUGUCCUGUACACAUACUGUGUAAUAUAAUAAUGUGCGUGUGUGAACACGCAUGUUUGUGUGUAGACAGAUCCUAUGAAACAUUCCCUAGACCAACACCUUUCAUCCUGCAUUCUCUUUAUUUGCCUUAUGACAUUACAUAAUAUGUUUUGAAGGGCAUCUUAUUUCCACGAACAGAGGCUUUUUAAUGUGUGUUCCAUUAUUUACAUGUGAAUUGGGAAGAAAUUCCCGAGGAAGGCUGCACACAGCAAACUUAGUCUGGUUAUGACCCACUCAAGUUGCGUUUUUGUCAUCUUCAUUGUUUUAUCACUGUUGUCUUGAUUAAUUUUGCUUAUAACGUUUGUGUGGGGUUAUUUUGUGUGAAGUUUGGUUGAUGCCAUCCAUUAUACUGCUAAAGUGAAGCUUAGCUGGUCUAGCUUGAUGCUAAUCACCAUGUCAGCAGUGUAACAGAAAAACCAAAAAGGCCUGACAGACUUCUGUGUGUGUGUGUGUGUGUGUGUGUGUGUGUGUGUGUGUGUGUUGUCACUAUGAAGAAUUGUGUCAAAUAGGUGUGCGUGUGUGUAUAUGUGUGUUUGCAUUAGUGAAACCUUUAUAAUUAAAGGAAACUGAUGCUUCACUCAAAUGAACAACUUGAUUUCUUAUAUAAGAAAUCCAGGUUGAUUAUGAAAUGGAAAUACUUUGAAAAUAUUGUAGUACGGCACUGUGACAGAACAGAGCAAUGGUUCACAAUGGCUAAUUUAAACUGUCUGUCAACAUGUUAAGAAUACCAUGUUUAUUUAAAAUCAUUGUCUUGUUUUUUGUUUAAAAAUAAAUUUUGAAUACAAUCAAAUGUUUUGAGAAAGUAAAUCUAUUUAUUGCCUCUCUCUCUCUCUCUCUCUCUCUCUCUCUCUCUCUCUCUCUCCAUUACAUCCUUUUAAAGGCUUUUCAUAUACAACAUGUGUGUGACUGUUUCAUUAGAAGACCAAGACCUAGUGUACCUUUUUCAAUUGCUUGUGUGCAUUCGUGCCAGCUCCUGUUCUAAUUCUGUGGCCUCCAUAGUUGGGCAUUUAUCUACGUUCUGAUUUAAGCAUCAGGUGAAAUGCUGUGGGGUUUUAUGUUGUUGCAUCUCAAGGAAGUCACAGCAUAACUGAGGUUUCAAAGGAGCAAACAUGUAUUAUCUUUACAAGUCCAUGAUGCAGAGAAAAGGGCUGAAGAACAUAUGGUUAUCUUUAAGGGGGUGGGAUAGUUUAAGGAGGGUGCAAAACAUUCUACUAAGGUUUGGCAGAAAGAGAAGAGUAUAAGCCUGCUGGCAGAGUCCUAUAAUUUUUGUUAAUUUUUUGUUGUACACAGCACCUAGAGACCUGUUAGGUAAUUUCUAAAUAAAGUAUAAUGACACCUUGCCUAAAGCCACUCAAUGACUGCUGUAGUUGAAUUGGUAUUUGAAUAUCCAGACAUCUUCCUUUUAUGCUAGGGAGAAAGGUGACUGGGAAAGAUAUGAAAUGAACUACAGUUCACUAGCUUUUGAAAAAGAAUUUUUUCUCGCUAAUACAGAGAUUUUAGAAGCAGCCAUUCAAACAGCCAGUAUGCUUUUGGGGGGUGAGGGUGGGGGGAAGAGUUGUCUUUAGAGGUGCAUUUAGUAGCCAAGUUGGUUAUAAUUCAUUCUUAGUACAGUGGUACCUCGGUUUACAACCACAGUUGGUUCCGGAAGUCUGUACUUGAACUGAAGCGUACUUAACCAGAAGCGAACUUUCCCAUUAAAAGUAAUGGAAAGUGGAUUAAUCCGUUCCAGACGAUGGAAAACAGCAAUUUAACAUGAAUUUUACUGUCUAAUGAGGCCAUUGAUCCAUAAAAUGAAGGCAAUAAUCAAUGUACUGUACUAUAAAAUAAAUCAGACAGUAUUUUAGGUGAAAAAAAUUAGUUUAGGUGAAAAAAAAAAUCAACAUUUAUUUCUUACCUGGGCUGAUGAUAGUCAUUGUUUGGAUGGGGGCUCUUCCACAAUCACAAUGCCUCCACGGAGGCCGGGCCUUCGUGGAGCCAUGGGAGCGCCUCCACAACUGCGACCCAGUCUUCAGGCCUUUUCGGAGGCCUCCAUAGGCCUCGGAAACCUCGGUUUACUUCCGGGUUACAAUCGUUCGUAAACCGAAAAUUCGUAAACCAAGGUGUUUGUAAAUCGAGGUUCCACUGUAGGCUCUGCUAAGGAGAAUUGCAUAUAUAUAUUGUAAAGCCUGGCACAUCAAGGACCCAUAUCUUCAAUCUGCAACCAUAAAAAGCCAUGCUGCAGUUGGGGCCACUUUGUGCUAUCCCAACAUUAAAAGCCCACCUAGCUAAAAGUUUGCACUUGUUUCUGGAAGAAUGCCAAGGAGAGGCAAUGCUGGGAUCCAAUAACAUAGUUGGGAUGCAACCUUGAUGUGCCUGUGUGGAAAGUGCUUCCCCACGAGUGGGUGCGUCUCAAGGAGGUCCCUUUUGCAUCUUGCAGGGCUGCUCCAGAGGGUUGGCUGGCCUUGGGUGUAAAUUGGCAGGUUGAGGCUGAGAGCAGAACACUCUCGGUUUGGAUCUGAGCCCAAUAUCUCUAUGAAGCACAUAGAAGGCUUUGCAACUUAAAGCUGGUGACCAGUAAUGAAACCAGAUAAUGUAUGAAAACAAUAAAACAAAUUACAAACAAUAGGGAACUGUAACAUAGGACAAUAGUUGUCUUGGAGGGUUUAUGGAAUAUGUAAAGAAAACACCAUAUCUUUGGCAUUUCCUUUUAAUUUGAAACAGGGUGAAUACAUAAAGGAGGACGCAACUUGGAGAAAUCCACAUCCAUGGCCAGAAAGCAUACAAAAUCAUUUCACCUGUUAGUGAAAGAAAAACAGGGAAGCUGUGCACCUAUUAUCAUAUGACCGGUGCCAUGAAAAAGAGAGAUCUUAAGCUCUUCUAGCUAUUGGCUGUCUGUCUCUUUGCAAAAUCCCCCUGUUAAAAGCUUUGUUCCACCUUACUGCUUAGCCCUUGCUUUUUCAUGACUCUAGUCCAUAAUACAAUUUGCUAGUCUCUUAAAGUACUGUAGGGCUUUUCGUUUACACAAUACCCCUCCUAACAUCUGUCGAGUUACAUUCUGCCUAUAACAAUGAGGCCUUCUGUGUCCAUUCUUAGAUCUAGCUAGUGAACGGCUGCAUUAUAGAAGUCAGACUGUCAUUAUUUUGGGCAUUCAGCAAGCCAGCUACGCUUUAUUGGAAGCGUGCAGUAAGAGCUGCUGGGAUAAUUUUUUCCCUUCAAGUUUUAAAGGGAAACAAGAUACUGUUCUGGAUACUGGAAGCUUUCAAUUGUGUUUAACAUUCUUCUUAAAGGCUUUUAAAUGAUAACGAAUUUCUGAGGGGACUUAAAUGACUUCUGGGAAAAGUUUAACCCUUCCUGGUUUUUUCUCUUUCUAGAGAAUGUGAGUUCAUGCAUCACAUCUGGCUCUUAUGCCUGCCAGCUGUUGAGAUGUAUUAUUUCCUUUCUCUGAAAGCUUUCAAUGGCAUUCCCUCCCCGUCCACCAUGCCCCGAGCUAAGGAAGCUAUGAACUAUUGGGUGAGCAGGGGCCUGUAAGGGAGAGUAACCACUGUGUAAACAAAAUUUUGUUUAAAGGUUCCUGGCUUUGCACAGUUGUUUCCCCUGACGUUGCCUCUUUUUAAUGCUAUAGAGAGAGAAAACCCCUCAGUAGAUGCAGACCAUUAAAAGAUCUCUGCUUGAUCAGACCAAAGGCUCGUCUAGCCCGCAGUGGCCCAUGGGAAGCCACAAGCAGAAUAUGAAUGCAAUAGUGCACUCUUGCUUCUGAUCAUACUAGCUCUGAUGCUGGAGGGGUAUAGGCUCCCCUUCCUUUCAUCUCCAGUGAAAGAGAGCCCACCAACCCUCUAGGCCCAGGCAUCCCCAAACUUCGGCCCUCCAUAUGUUUUGGACAACAAUUCCUAUCUUCCCCAACCACUGGUCCUGUUAGCUAGAGAUCAUGGGAUUUGUAGGCCAAAACAUCUGGAGGGCUGCAGUUUGGGGGUGCCUGCUCUAGGCAAUUGGUUCCAUUGCCAAACACAAACGUCUCCUAUUUAACUGGAAUCUAACCUCCAGUGACUUAAACCCAUGGAGAGCUAGCCCCAUGCUUUUGAGGCAGCAACAAGCCUGUCUUUGCCCUCUGCUACAUGGCAGCCCUCAGGUGUUUGAAAGAAUGCUAUCCGCUCCUUCCCCAGCCUUCCCAAAGCGGAACACGCCCAGUUCCUCCAGCCUUUCCUUGUUUUCCAUAUUGCUGGCCAUCUCUGUUGCCCUCCUCUGAACCCAUUCCAGUUCUUAAACCUGUGAUGCCCGGAGGAACGCCCCUCCCAUCAGAUGUCAAAGAGAAAAACAGCUACCAGGCUUUUAGAGGACAUCUAAAGGCAGCCCUGUUUAGGGAGGCUUUUAAUCUUUAAUCGAUUAUUUUAUUCUUCUGUUGUAAGCCGCCCAGAGUGGCUGGGGAAACCCAGCCAGAUGGGCGGGGUAUAAAUAAAUAAAUUAUUGUUAUUAUUAUUAUUUAUACAGUCUUCCCAUGCCUGUUUCUUUAAAGAAGAGGCAGGACCUAAGGUGAAGAACGUGUGUAUUGAUUGUAGCUGGAAAAGAACAAAUUGAACUACAAAAGCACGACCAUUGUAUGUGAACCAUUAUUCCCCUCCUCCUGCCCACACUUGUUCCACGUACCCUUUUUAUCAUUUCCCCAUGUGAUACAGGUAAUCCUGCUAGCCAGGCUUUAGAUGACUGAUAACUAGCAAGUACAGAAUGUGAAGCAAAGUGACCCAUGGAAAGGCAAUUGAAGGGUUACCAACAGUUGCAUUUAUAGCUCCUGCACCUCAAGGCUCCCGCUUUCAGUGCAUGAAACUGAAAGGAUUUUUGAGAGCCUGAAUAUUAAUUGUUCGCUUCCAAUAUGCCUUUGUUGUAGCCACAAAAAGAAUCUUAGGUAAUUGAGAACACGGACUUCAGAAAUGAUGCUAUCUGAAAGAGCUCGCUCAUAAUGGCAAGCCACAAUAGGCUCUUUGACUAAAGGGAGCCUGAGCUGCAGGGUGGAUAGAGAUACAAAGCUUGGCAUUCCUGGGAAAAUGUUGAGUGUUCAUUUUAACUGUUAGAUGACAUACCUAGGUUAGAGUCCUGCGCAUGCUUUUCUGGGCAAAAGCCCAGUUGAGCAGAGUGGGACUGGCUUCUGAGUGGUGUGCGGGUUGCCUUACUGCCAGCAAUUUGCCCUGGGAAAAGUCCAAUGCUGCAAUAAUAACCUCUUGCUAGCAGACUUGACAGAGCAGUACACCCAGCACUGUAUCUGUAACCCAAGUGUUCAUGCUGAUCAAGGCAGAAGAUUAAGGGGGAGGGGAGGGGAAAAUGCCCCUUUGCUGUGCAGCAAAGAAGUCUGGGUUGGCCCUAUCAACUCCCCCAAAUUCUGUGUUUUUUGCUAAAAAAACAGAGCUACAAUUGUCAGAGUUGCCUGGGAAGAUCCACUGUAGACAAGUGGAGCAGAGGGGGAACACCCCUUUAACUUUUGUGAUUGCAGUCUCUUUAGGAGACAUGCCUGGUGUGGUGUUGUUAAUACAUUUAUUACUCCCCUCUUUUCUCUUGAGGGUGGUUCCCUUCAUACCUCAGGGGGGAACUGCUGGGAACCUUACCUCUUGCCUGGUUAGCAGGUUCUAUCUGCUAGGCUCAGUUGCCUUUCCGUCGUUCAUAAAUAAAUACAACUGUUGAAGUUCCCUGGACUCCAUGUACUUCCUGGGAUUAGGGCAAAUCCAUUGUAAGGUUUUCCUCACACAGUGAGGAAUUCCCACAUCAAUCUCUGACUUUUGUCUUCUGGGUUUAUGGGGUUUUCCCUGUUGUUAUUCUGUCUCUCACAGCUACAAUAAACCUACCUUUAAAAUUAUGGACUGGUCAUUUCUUCGUCAGAGGGCAAACGGGCAAAUUUAGCAGGGGGGGGGGAAAUACUUUUUCCCCCCCCUCACUGUAUGUGAGCCUGUCCAUAGGUUUGAAAGACUCCAACCCAUCAUGUUAGCCCCUUUUCCUGCUGUGUUCUUUGUUUCUCCGGACACUUACCCGCCUUGCCCCUCCUGACUCUUCAUUCCGCAUUUCCUUCCUUUCCUGGUUUCCACAGCUGAGCUAGCUGCUGAAGCAGAAAUCUGCUUUUGCUGUGAAAUCUGUGUUGCCUUGGGGAGGCAGCUGGGGAAAGGCAGGCGGCAGAGCCAAUGCCUCGUUCCCCUUUACAGCUGAUGCCUCUGGCAAUGCCUUUCAGAUCUGGAGU